AUGGCUCCUCCGAGCAAGCGCGCGAAUCUAGCGGUUGCCCGAAUCAUUCCCCCGAUUCUCCUGGGCGUCGUGGUCUACGCCUGCUAUGCCAUCACCAAACCGCUAUGCAUCGACUAUCUAAUUCAUCCUGCGCCUCACCAUCCUCAUCGCAGCCCGCGGGUAGGCGCGGGUGCGGCCAUUAUCGCCGUCUUUUACUUCCUAUUGAUCCCCGUGAUUGUUACAUAUCUUCGCUUAUUGUACAAUGUUGUUUGGAACCCCGGUUACCUUCCCCGGGGCACGCCCUGUCUUGAAACCCAAAAUGCCCAAUCGUCGAGCCGCCGGAGCCGAAGUUGCAGCCAAAGUCGCAGUAAUCAGAGAAAAGGUGGUGAAGAGGGUCCGAAGACAACCGAGAAGACAGACAGGCCCGAGCCAGAUCCAGAGAGUGGGUUAGAAUACGAUGCAGGGGGCAAAGCAUUCCCGUUGGAUACCACCGGGUUGGAGAGCUUUUACACCAAGGACGUUUUUGUUUGCCAGGCAGAUGGAAGACCCGCAUACUGCUCGACAUGCUGUCAGUUCAAGACUGAUAGGGCGCACCAUUGCCGCGAAGUGGACCGCUGUGUCCGGAAAAUGGAUCAUUUCUGUCCUUGGGUCGGAGGUGUUGUCUCCGAAACAUCGUUUAAAUUUUUCAUACAAUUCGUUUUUUAUACAAUGGUUCUUUGCAUAUUUACUCUUAUUGUUUGUGCGCUGUUUACCGCUGAGCUGAAGCGACAGACUGGUAGUGUUAAUCCUCAUUGGAUUGUUGGUAUAGCAUUGAGUUCUCUCUUUGGCUUAUUCGGUUUUGGAAUGACCGUCAGUUCGCUGCAACUCGCCAUGUUCAACCUGACGACGAUUGAGAAUCUUAGUCGCCGAUCUGCCGUCUGGACGUUGGCUGUGCGGGUGCCUAAUCAUGUUCUCAGCAAGCUCAACCCCAAUUCGCAAUGGGCACCUACAUUCCGCACCAUCACCUAUCCAUUGCAGCCUACGCCUGCAGCCCCUGAGGUCUCCCAACAGGGCCCACCAACCGAAUGGCAUGUAUUUGCCAUUCUUCAAACGUUACCGGGUGAGAACCCAUUCGAUCUAGGCAGCGGCUUCAAGAACCUGCAGCAGGUCAUGGGGCUUUCAGUAUUCGACUGGUUCCUCCCUCUCAAGCAGAGCCCCUGUGCGGACCAUAGUAGCCGAGAGAGUGCCUUUGAACUGGGGCCAGUGGUGGCUCGACUGAGGCAGGAAGCGGGACUUGAGCCGGCAGAUGAGUCAAAUCCUGGACGAAAUCAAGUGAAACAUAGACAACCUACUUAA